AUGGAUAUGCUCCCAUUCCGGGUGAGCAGCGACCCCGAAGCCCGCGGCACCUUAGAGGCCUUUGGACCCGGCAACGCCACACUAGGCAUCAGCCUGCAGCUCGUCGAGCCGGGCACGAACCGAUGGAUUUUUGCCGACGAGCACGUGAACGCCUGGCUCAGCGGGCAGCCCGACGCAGGCUGGGUCGCGCCGGGGCAGGACGCGACGUUGCAGACCAUGCGCAAGCUGUGGCUCUACGGGCCGUCGGGCUCGGGCCGGACGCUGCUGGCGGCGACGCUGGCGCACCAUCUUCUGCAGCGGCUGCCGAGUGAGACGGAGCAUGCUGUGUGCUAUUACUUUGCGGGCGACGGCGGGACGGAGAAUGAGGCCGUUGCGUGCCUGCGGACGCUGGUUGCACAGCUGGCGCAGCAGAGCGAGGCCGCGUAUGACGAUUUUCACAAGUCUGUCAAAUUUGGAGCCUUGCCAUCUGGGUGUGAUUUCACAAACGGAGGCGUGCGCUUGUUCAAUGCAGAGUACGCCGUAGACCUAGGCCAUCUGCUGGAAGCAAUGUCGCGUCAUUUUAGCAAGGUGUCCCUUGUGGUCAGAGGCAUUGAUUACAUGGCGGCGGCGCUGGCACUGCAGCUGACUGCCAUGGCCGACGCACCGAGCUCGAGCAUCAGGACAGUCUUUACAUCCGGCGACGGGGACGGCCAGCAGGAUGCCUGCAUGCAAACAGUGUCGUGCCCCGUGGAGGUGAUGGCCGCGCAGGAGGAGGUGCGGCUGUAUGUGCGCAGCGAGAUGGAGCGACGAAUAGACAAAGGCGAUAUCUUCCUGGGAAUUGAUCAGCCUAGGAAAGAGAUUGAAGAAUACAUAUUGGGCAACAACCAUGGAUCCUGGCUGUGGGCGGUUACAACGCUGGAUGACCAGUGCGAUCUGCUACGGAGGAAUUUAUGGGUGCCAUUGACAACACGCGCGGACGUCCACGGCGAAUCGCAAAUACCAGAUACUUCCAAGCCUGCGUUCGAUCCAUACUUGGAACGUAUCCUGCGCGACAACGAUUCGAUGCCCAAGUUCGUUCUCACACGAACGGCACAUUGGCUGGCAAUGGCAGAAAACGAACCGACGUUUCGCUUGACUGCUGAUGAGCACUUGAAGGCGCUGACUGUCCUGUAUGGAACAACAAACGAAGAGUUUCGUACCUCAAGGCGAACAAUUCAUGCCCAAGAUGUCAUUCAUGCCUGCCGUCCAAUAGUUCGGCUGACUCACGUAGCGGGUAUCUCGACCUUUCAGUUCAAGCACAAAACCGUCUACGCCUACCUCAUUCACAUUCUUCCUUCCUACAACAUGCCCUUGAAAGACAUUAGCUACGACGGCUACAUAAUGGGUCGCGAGUUUAAAGACUUUGUCACAAUCUGCAACGCACUCGCCCGCCAUGACGCCGGUUGCGCCGAGUCCUUGUUCCAAAAACUGCUCUCCGCUCAGCGGAAGCUCUUUGGCCCGGACGAUGCCGACACGCUCUUUACGCAAGAGCACUUCGCUUCAUUUUGCUGGGACCAAGGCCGCCUCGAAGAGGCAGAGCGUCUGUACCUCGACAUUGUCCGGGGGUACGAGCGAGCGCCGCCGGACAUCAUAGACCCGCAGCACAACGUCCUCAACAAUCUCGGCAUCUUUUACAAGCGCCAGGGGCGCUACGCAGAGGCAGAGCACUACUACCAAGCCGCGCUGCGAGGCCGCGAGGCGUGCCACGGCGCCGCGCACGAGAGCACUCUGCACACGGUCGGCAAUAUGGCGCAAAUGUACGCAGCGCAGGGCAACGCCGCCGCGGCGCAGGGACAGUGGGCAAAGGCCCUCCCACUGUGUGAGGGGACCUUUGGCCGGCACCACGCCACGACGCUCUCGACUGUGUACAACCUAGGCCUCACGCACAAGAGCCUCGGCGAGCACGAUGCGGCCGAGGCGCUGUUGGCCCGAGCUCUCGCGGAGCAUGAGCAGGUCUAUGGGCCAGAGGACGGCAGCACGCUGGACGUGGUGACCUCUCUCGCGCACUUGCACUUGCUGCGCGACAGCGACGUGGCCGCCGAGGCCCUGUAUAGUCGUGCGCUGACGUCCUACGAGAAGCUCCAGGGGCCGAAUGGGGAGAAUGUGCUGCGCACGUGCCAUAGUCUCGCCAAGGCCUACCACGCCCUGGAGCGCAUGCAAGACGCUGAGAGGAUGGCGAAGCGCGCUCUGCACGGGUUCGAAGCGACCGUGGGCCCGGACAGCAUUGACGCCGUCGACGUCGCGUACACGCUGUUCCUGGGCUACAUUGAGGAGGAGCGGCUGCGCGACGCCGUCGUAUUAGGCGAGCGCGUGCUCGCAGGGUUUGAAACGGCCCGCGACGAUGGUGAUGGCCGCGAGGGCAUCGCGGCGUCGGUGGCGGAUAACAUGGCGCUUGCGCACGCCAAGCUUGGUGAACUCGCGCCGGCCGAGGCGCUCUGGCAGCGUGCGUAUCAAGGCCAUGUCCAGGCGCGCGGAGAGCGGGAUGAGCUGUCGCUCGCAGUGGCGAAUAAUCUCGGGCUGCUGCACAUGAGGCAGGAAAGAGUGGAGGAGGCGCAGCGCUGGCUGAAGUGCGCCUUCGAGGGUUAUGAGGGUUUGCAAGGGACGGAAGGGGAGAUGGCGAGGCGCAUUGCGAGGGAUUUGGCUAGCGUUGAACGAGAGAUGAAAGUGAGAGCAGGCGAUUCCACGGCUGGCCUUGGUAGACAGUAG